AUGAGCGAUCGUCGUAAACGCGGAAUCGGCGAUGGAGCGCUGCAAGCGAUUGCCCCGAAAAAGCGCAAAAUGCAACGAGAUGACAAAAUUUUGGAACAACUUUCGAAAUGUCGCCAAGUGCUCGACGAUCUGAAGGACAAAAAGUCGAGUGAUGGCCGGAGUUUUGUCGAUUGGUUUUACCGGGCACCGUCGAGGAGAACCGAUCCUCAAUACUAUGAGCUUUUCGAGAAUCCCAUUGAUUUCAAUCGAAUAAAUCAAAAAGUGAAAACGGAAGAGUAUCAAUCGUUUGAAGAGUUUAUGCAAGAUGUGCGCCUCUUGAUUGAGAACAAUCGCAAGUACUAUGAGGAGCAAUCCGAUGAGCGCAAAAUCCUACUCGAGCUGGAAAUGUUUCUACAAAAUUCGAAAGAAAAGAAAACGAAUGGGAAUGGAAAGAUCAAGAGUGAAUCUCCGGCAUCGAGCUCUGGAUCAGUAAAAGAUGGCUCAAAGCAUGCCAAUGGGGCAACAAUCGACCACGAUGUUGUUGAAGAUAUUCUUACCUCAAUCCUUGAUCUCAAUGACAUGGAAACUGGACGAAUACUUUCGCCACCGUUUCGCGUUUUGCAGAGUAGAGAAGAAUUUCCAAUCUACUAUGAAAAAGUGAAGAAACCGAUUGACUUGAAGAUGAUUGCUGAGAAGUGUCGAGCUGGUGAUUAUUCAACUUUCGAGCAACUCGAUGAAGAUAUUCGUCUGAUGUGCGCAAAUGCAAAGGUUUUCAAUGAGCCGGGCUCAGUGAUCGCUAAAGAUUCGACUCAAAUCCUUCGAUUUUUCACGAAAAAGGUUAAAGAGGCGAAGAGUGGAUUGCUGAAAGCAUUUGAUGAUAAGAGAAUCGAGUACAACAAAGAGAUGAUCGAUGCGUUGAUAGCUCAAUCGUCAGCGAUACAAAAUGAGGAAUACAGUGAGGAUAGUGAAGAAGAUGAGGACACGGAACAAACGAGUGAUCCUAUGUGGAAGCUGUACUGGACAAUCCGAAAUGUCGAAGAUGACAAGGAUCCAGAGAGCAAUUUCGCGGAUCCAUUCCUCGAGUUACCACAGAAAAGUUACUAUCCGGAUUACUACGAUGAAAUCGCUCGUCCAAUGUCCCUAUUUAUGAUCAACAAAAAGCUGAAACGGGGCGAAUAUCAGAAUUUCGUCGACUUUCUCAAUGAAAUGUUAUUGAUCUUUGACAACGCUUGCUCAUACAAUUUGGAUGGUUCCGAGAUCUAUAACAAGGCAAAACACCUGAGAAAACUUGUCGUUAACAAGUCGAUCUCCCUUGCACCGAAUCUUGAUCUAUCGAAAAUCUCGAAAGAGCCAAAAGAAGAGAUCGAAGUGAACAUGAAUCUUCAUCACAAUUCCACUCCGACCUCAACAACGCAGAAAGGGCGAACAUCAGCGUUGAGAAAAGAGGCGAGACGAGCAUCGGAUAGCUCAACAAGCAGUGAACAGUCGGAGAUGUCACGAAAGCAUCCACGCAGUGCCGGUCGACCAUCAAUGGGCGGAAAAGAGAAAAGCAAGAAAGGAGCCGAGAAUUCAACUCUAUCACAAAUUGCAGGUUUUCCAUCGGCUCCCAUCUCGCCGACUAAAGGAAAACCUGGUCGAAAAAGCAUCGAAGAGCUGAAGAGUCGAUAUCGGGCAAAUCUAAUGCGCUUUUGGCAAUAUUUGUACGAUUAUAAGGAAGGAGAAUACUGGCCAAUCGGUGCGUUCAUGCAGGUACCAUCGCCUGGAGAAUAUCCUGACUAUUAUGAAGUAAUCAAAUUGCCGAUUGAUAUGGAGAAGAUCAAGCAACGAAUUGAUAAUAUAUUGUACACCUCAUCAUUGCAACUCAUCAGUGACUUCUCGGCGAUGUUUCACAAUUGUCGAACCUACAAUGAACCUGAAUCCGAUCUUUAUAAGGACGCGGCUCGAUUGGAGCAGCUGAUUCGCUCUGUUCACGAGCAAACUCCGGGCGCUCCAUUUAUGAAUCCUGUUGCUGCAAAACAUUCAGCGACGAACGGUCAUACAGCGAGCCCGAAAGUUGCGCGAACGCCGAAAGCUCUUCAAAUUAAUCAUCACAAACACCAUGGAACGAAUCAGAGUGGGGAAUUCGCGGCGAUGUGUGAACUCUUUCAAUAUCUCAGGGAUUAUGCUGAUGACGCGGGUCGAAGAUUGUCCAAAAUUUUUGAGAAACUGCCAAGUAGACAGGAGUACCCAGACUACUACGAGGUCAUCAAAAAGCCGAUCGAUUUCACAAUGAUUCACCAGAAAGUCUCGGGAUCGCGCUACAACAACAUAGCCGAGCUGGUUGGGGAUUUCCAGACGAUGUUCGAUAACGCUUGCAAAUACAAUGAAGCCGACAGUCAAAUUUAUGGGGAUGCCGUCUUUUUGCAAUCACUGUUGAUGCACCGAAAGAAAAUGCUGCGCAACGAGGGAAACACCGGUCCGCAUGUGCAAGUAGAAUUGAGAACGAUCUUCACACAAAUCUUUGCGGCAUUGCUGACGCAAAAGGAUACAACGGGCCGCCUGUUAUCAAACUCUUUGGUUACCGAUCUUCCCGAGUUGCUCAAAGCGGCAAAUGUACCCGCAGAUCAAUGGCCUUUCUCGUUGGAGCAAAUCAAAAAGAAUCUGGAUAAGUGUCGCUAUCGUCGCUUGGAUCGUUUCCAACAGGAUAUCUUCUAUUUGUUUGAAACAGCAAGGGAGUAUGCAAGGACUGAUUCGCAGCUAUUCGACGAUGUCAACCAACUUCAAGCGACUUUCAUCUCGGAACGUGACGAGAAAUGCCGUGGAGUUGUCACGUCGCGAGCUCUACUUUAUGUGUCGAAUCAUUUCCUGGAGCAAAUUGCCAGAGAGCGAAAAGAGAAACUGAAAGCCGAAGCUGAAGAGGAAAAAUCGGGACCGAGUGCGAAACGGGCAAAAAUUGAGCAAAACGAGGAGCUCACCGAGUGUACACACAAUGAGAUCACCUACAAAUUGCGCGAUUACGUCUACAUUAAGCCAUCAAAUGAGAACUCGAAAUCCCCGUUGCAUGUGAUGAGAAUCGAGCGGAUAUUCAAGAAUGAUGACGAGCAAGUGAUGGUUUCUGGGAAAUGGUUCUUGCGACCGCACGAGACUUACUACCGGGCUUCGAGGAAAUUCUAUGAGAAUGAGCUAUUCUACACCAAGAAUGAGAACAAGGUGCUCUUCGAUCGUUUGGCCGGCAAAUGUGCGGUGUUGUUCUUGCCAGUUUAUCUGCAAAACAAAGCAAAGGGCUUCGCACCUGAAGAUACGUUCGUUUGUGAGCACAAAUACAUGGGCAGACAGUUGCAUUUCGUGAAAUUAAAAACAUGGCCCGAAGAGGAAGAUGAUCAGAUCGAGUUGGAACCAAGGGAAGACGAUUUUCAACCAAUCAAGAUCACGCUUGAGCAACCCGAGAAAAUGGAUGUCGAUCAACGGUCUGAGAGCAGCAACCACGAUUCGGAAGAAGACGAGGAUCGUUGCCGAGAUGUCUCUUAUUUUUUGGAUAUCGCUCGAGAGGAAGUGACGCUCAAAGGAGCACAAGAAGAUGCGGAUGGGCGUGUCUACUAUCAACAAAUGUCUAUCAAUGGAAAGUUCUACAUGUUGGGCGAUUUCGUGCUCGUUUUCAAUCCGGCACGACCCGUUUGCGAUGUGAUGAGGAUUGACAAAAUGUGGAGAGAAGCUGAUGGCAUCGAGCUGUUUUCCGGCGGAUGGUUUGCUCGACCGGGUCAAGUGGCGCACGAUGCUGGUAGAAUAUUCAUCGCAAGAGAGGUUUUCGCCGUUCAACAACCCGAUCAGACGCGGGCGAUGAUCGACAUUCAGAGUAAAUGCUUGGUGUUGCCGCUGAAGGAUGCCGUGAGAAUGAGACUGACGGAGAUUCCCGAGUGUGACGUUUUCAUUUGUGAGCAACGCGUCGAUGGACACGGAUUGACAAAUCCAAAUGAGUGCUCUCUGUUCUCUGCCGCCGGGGCGACAAAUGGUCAUUUGCCGGAACCGAUCCAACCCGAGCAGGCGAUGAAUCUCGAGUUUGCGAAGAAAAAUCGAAACUUGCGGGUCUACUCGCUUGCGCCAGAGAUUGCCGAGAACGAGAUUUUCUACUUCAAAACUCCGCCUGUCAUGGAGAAGGAGAUGUCUCCUCUCGUGGCGAAAAACGAAUUGCCACCGUUGGAUUUGGAUGCCGAAAUAGAUGAGAAUGAUGUGGAUACGGACGGGACUGAUUCGGCUAUCGGAACACCAGCGCCUGGAGACGCAAAAUCCUGGCUCGCACAUCAGCCGAAGUUGAACGCGAAGAGCAAAUCGGGGUACAUUCUUUUCUCGGCCGAGAUUCGGAAACGGAUCAUGCAUGAGAAUCCCGAUGCUGGCUUUGGAGAAGUGUCGAAGAUUGUCGGAGUUGAGUGGAAGAAAUUAACGGAUGAGCAAAAGAAACAGUACGAGGUUCGAGCCGAUUACAUUGCCACGGAGCGAGCCAAAGUCGAGCAAGCAACCAAUGCAACCACACAGCCGUUGCAACCAAACCAAUGCCGAGUGUGGUUGUGCAAGUGGAUCAACUGCGAAUUCAUGUGCGAUCACAGCGAUGGACUUUAUGAUCAUCUCGUUCACCAUCACACCUCACAAAUCAUUCCUGACAGCGAGCAACAAUUCGUUUGUAUGUGGGGCCAAUGUGUUCGGAAUCGAAAAGACGGCAAACCGUUCCCGUCUUUGCCACGCUUGCAUCGACACAUCAAGGAGAAACACAUGCAAUCGGCGUGCAAGGUGAUCUACAACAAUCAACGCGGCCGUACCUUCUACCGUUACAUUCCACCGCAACAAGACGGAGGCCAUGGACAGUUACAUCAUUAUCCCUAUGGCAUGCAUCCAGCACAAGUCGCUCAAUCACAUCCGGCUCCAUCGGCCCAUCUACCGCCACAAGUCCCGUCGGGAGCUCAUUUGGUGAACGGCGAUGCUCAUCAUCACCAUCCUAGAGUGAACGGCCACGAUGCACAUCAUCCACACCCACAAGUCGGUCCACACCAUCCGGGCAUUGCUCAUCAUCCACAGCAAGCACCCAUGCACCAUUAUCCACAGGCGCCGGGUCCAUCACAACCACAAGCUGGCGCAACCGUCUACGCGGUGCACACGAGCAAUCCACCCGCGCAACAGGGUCCCUCCACACAACCGCCACCCCCACAGCACGGACAAAUUGCGGAUCCUGGACGAACGAUCGUCACGUUGAGUCGAGGCGUUGAGCCGGUCUUCGUGCCCACUCCCAAAUCGAUUGCCACCCGACGAGCACUGCACACAGACGCUUACAUCAAAUAUUUUGAAUCGCUUUCCGGGAACCAACGAACGAUAAGCAAAUUUGGACGAUCUCUUGGCGCGAAUCAGAGGAACACGAGUCUGCCCUCGGCUCGACCGACGCCAUAUCAAUGGAUAAAGAACUCAAAGCCAUCCGGAGCAACGGCCACCGAGGAGGAGCUCUCAUCAGCUUUGUGGCGACUUCGAGAUCAAAUUCUCGAGUCAACCGCCGGAAUCGCCUCCGAUUAUCAAGGACCCCUU